AGAGAUGCAGCGCUGCCCAAUCGGCAGAGGCGCAGGGACAUAAAAGUGGGGCAACAGCCCGAGCGCGCGGAUUCAGGGCUGGAGGCCAGCAGUGAGAGGGCGCCCCCCGGGCGCUGAAAGUCCCAGGGUCCCUCCCCCAAUUGCCCUGCGCCGCCUGCAGCCAGGCGGGGACACCUGGACUGCACGGCCCGGGGUGCGUUGGCUCUUGCAAAAUGGUCCCUCACUGGGUGCUGCUCCUUCUUCUCCCCUUGGUGGGAGCCACGGAGCUCUCCGAGGGCCAGGCAGAUGACCUGGGCCUGGCGGCGACCCCGGCUGCACCUAACGCCUCGCACUUCUUCUGGAACAACUACACCUUUUCCGACUGGCAAAACUUUGUGGGCCGGCGGCGCUAUGGGGCUGAGUCCCAGAACCCCAUGGUGAAAGCCCUGCUCAUUGUGGCUUACUCCUUCAUCAUCAUCUUCUCGCUCUUUGGCAACGUCCUGGUCUGUCAUGUCAUCUUCAAGAACCAGCGAAUGCACUCUGCCACUAGCCUCUUCAUCGUCAAUCUGGCCGUCGCAGACCUAAUGAUCACGCUCCUCAACACCCCCUUCACUUUGGUCCGCUUUGUGAACAGCACAUGGGUGUUCGGGAAGGGCAUGUGCCACGUCAGUCGCUUCGCCCAGUACUGCUCCCUGCACGUCUCAGUACUGACGCUGACAGCCAUUGCUGUGAACCGCCACCAGGUCAUUAUGCAUCCAUUAAAACCCCGGAUCUCCAUCACCAAAGGCGUCAUCUACAUCGCAGUCAUCUGGACCUUGGCUACCUUCUUUUCACUCCCACAUGCUAUCUGCCAGAAAUUAUUUACCUUCAAGUACAGUGAGGACAUUGUCCGCUCCCUAUGUCUGCCAGACUUCCCUGAGCCAGCUGACCUCUUCUGGAAGUACCUGGACUUGGCCACCUUCAUCCUGCUUUACGUCCUACCCCUCUUCAUCAUCUCUGUGGCCUAUGCCCGUGUGGCCAAGAAGCUAUGGCUGUGCAACACGAUCGGCGACGUGACCACAGAGCAGUACCUGGCCCUGCGGCGCAAGAAGAAGAAGACCAUCAAGAUGCUGAUGCUGGUGGUGGUCCUCUUUGCCCUCUGCUGGUUCCCCCUCAACUGCUAUGUUCUUCUGUUGUCCAGCAAGGUCAUCCGUACCAACAAUGCCCUCUACUUCACCUUCCAUUGGUUUGCCAUGAGUAGCACCUGCUACAACCCCUUCAUCUACUGCUGGCUUAACGAGAACUUUAGGGUGGAGUUGAAGGCAUUACUGAGCAUGUGCCAGAGGCUGCCCAAGCCUCAGGAGGAGCAGCCACCCUCCCCAGUCCCUUCCUUUAGGGUGGCUUGGACUGAGAAGGGCAAUGGCUGGAGGUCACCAGUAGCCAACAGCCUCCUGCCCUCCCCACAGCUGCAGUCGGGGAAGACAUACCUGUCAUCUGUGGAACCGAUUGUGGUGAUGAGUUAGAGAUGGUUGGGAAGAGGCAGGGGCAGGGCUCUGUCUCCAGUGGGGACUGCGAAAGGGCCUGAAGGCAGGGCCUGGAAAAAAAGCCUGUUCUCUCAUACAUGCCCUUCAUCAUGCUGGAAAACAGUUCCUGCAAGAAGCUGUAGGACUCUUGAGUUCUUAGGAAACUGCUUAGCUUCUGAAGCCAUGUUUGAUGUAAAAACUAAAAGGCACCUACCAACUACAUAUGUGUUUAUGAAUUUCUGUCUCGGAAACAUUAUGAAGCCUAUCAGCCUGGUUCAUUGAGCCAGAGAACAGGACAACUUCAGUGCAGAUGGAGGCUGAGUCAGGGAACUGCCUCACCGCCCUCCCUGCCACUGAGCAUCCAUUAAAGGACACCUGAUUCAUACUUUGGGUGUGCUGACCCAGAUGCACAGAGCUGUGUUUGAAGAGCUGUGUUCAUUGGCCAGUGCAAAGUUAGGGAGCCAGGGCUAGCAUGGAGGUUUUAUCCUCACUUUCUGAAAUCAUUGGACCAGGAUGAAUCACAAUUCUGUUGUGGCUUGUCCUGAUAUGUGACAAGAAAGGACCAAUUUGGUUCUUUUUAAAAAAUGGAAAAUGAUUAUUAAAACUUUGGAAGAUUCAGAAAAGCACAAAGAAGAAAAUAAAAAUCAUCCCCUUCUCCCACUACCUGUGAUAAGUUGUUAGCUGUGGAUUUAUUUGCAAGUUUUCUUUUGUGUGUGCACUUUUCAUUUCAUUAUGAAUUGCACUUUUCCAUGCAGACAUACAGGGGCAUAGCAGAGAGCUCUGGAGUGUCUCUCCCAGGAAUAGUGUGCACCAGAGAGUGAGCAGAGGUAGGAGAGGAACCCAAGGAGAAGACUGUCAUGGAGUGGACAGACUGCAUUCAUCUUGUAGUCAGUGGUGAGGGGCCUGGCUGAGUGACCUCUUCUCAGAUGGCAGCCAUCAUGAUGUGCCAGGGAGCAAAACUCAUCCAAGAGGCGUCCUUUUCUCCUGCAAUCACACAGAGCAAGGGGUGGGAAACAUUGUCCUGUUUGCACAGGGGAUGAGAGAGCAGGCCUCCAACAUGCUAGAAAUCAUUGUGUUUAGACACCUCACCCCGCAACCUGUGUACACAGGCCAUUUCUCUGUGUUGUCUGAAUAAUAAGGCUUCUUCAUUGUCCACGUCAUCCUGGCAGGUCACACACUGCUUACAGAAACCUGGGGCAUCCUGAUAGUCCUUAAGGACUCAACUUGCCAGAGAAAUUUCAUUCCAGAGACUGAGAGUUUUCAUCACCCACCAUCUGGUCCUGAGUGACUCACUGUGUCACGCAGAAGAGAGACGUGUCAGGCAGAAUAGAGCUUGAUUCGCCAACCCUUCACAAUUGCCACUGUCACUGGUUUUAGGUUUCCUUCUAGCACCAAACAGAUCCAGGGAGCAAAGCAUGGAUAUGGAGCUGAGUGGAAAACUGAGGUUUGGGGAGAAGGGGUUUGUUCAAGGUUCACUUAGGUCUUGCGGCUAAUGGAAACUGAAUUUGGUCAUAUCACUUGCUUCCCUGUAAUGAACCAUGAGGUUUUGUUAUACUCUUCUAUUCAUGAGAAUGUUUGGAAAGUUCAUGAUAUAAGGUUUGAAAAAUCAUCUUCUGAACAAUGGUAAAAAA